CCUUGCUAUCAGCAGGCAAUGUUGAAAGGCCGCACGAUGUCACAUAUGCGUCGGAUGUACGCGAUGAUGUCGGGGGAGAGUACAACCCAGAAGUUGGCCAGAAAGAUUACAAAAGACCUGUGAUAUGUCUUGCCAUCUUGGUGCUUUGUGUCUGCUUCAUUGUGUUCAUGAGCAAGCCUUCAUAUGAAUACGAAUACAUAGAUUUGUCUCAUCUUAGAAAUAUACCAGAAGAAAUAGAACCAGUUAUAUUCGACAAUAUCACCUUUCACAAGUUGUCUCAUCUUGGAAAUGUACAAGAAGAACGUCAAACAGCUAUGGCUGUUAGCUUCAACGACUUGCUGAAAGAGUACUCAAGGAAAGUUAGAGAUCUUCAACAUGCGGGACAAUGGAUGUACAAUCAAGUGAAUCCAUGUGAAGAGGAAUCAUACCCUGGGAGGGCCUGUGUUGAACCAAGCUGCCCAGCACCCCAGUCCACAACACUGGAAGAAAACCUGAGAAGUGUCCUGUCUACUAUGUCGGAACGAAAUCUCCAGGAUCUGGACCUAAUAAUGGGACUGUUCCCAGAGCCCCCUACCGGCAAAAGAACAAUGUUUGUCACAGCAACAUCCAGCAACCACUUCUACGAGUCCCAGGCCCUGAUCCGGAACCUCCACAGGAAUGUCUUCCCUCUGAUUAAUAACUACACAUUUGUGCUCUAUGAUCUGGGACUGACGGCAGCUGAACGAAAGCAGAUGGAGAAACAUUGUCGUUGUGAAGUUCGGAGAUUUCCGUUGGAGUUCAUGCCUUCAAGGUUGCACAAUCUCAAAUGCUACACAUGGAAACCGAUUAUUAUACAGGCUAACCUACAUAAGGCAGACAUACUGGUGUGGAUGGACGCAUCUGUGAGGUUCUCCAACAGUAUCAUCAAAUCCCUGCUAGAUGAUGCAGAGAGACGAGGCAUGGUCUUAGCCUCAGGUACAAACUCUGUGGCACAGCAUACUCUACAGGUUACAAUGAACUACAUGAAGGAAGACGUCUGCACCCUAGCUCCAGUGUUAGAGCAUGAAGCAACAUUCAUCAUGUUUCACAACGAGCAGUUGGUACAAGAGGCCGUUGUGAAACCAUGGGCAGCUUGUGCCAUGAGUGCUAAGUGCAUGUGUCCUCGGGAUCCAGAACAAGACAGCUUCUGUGAGGUGAACAUCCACAAAUACAAGAAAUGUCAUCGAUUUGACCAAUCAGGAAUAAACAUCAUCCUCGCCAAACUUUUUCGGGACCACACAAGUAGUUUUAUUUCGCCAUACUAUUACUAUGUCAGUUUACAGCGUGAUGAUUCUUAUCUUUAUUUUGAUGAACUGGAGAAAUGGCAUGCAGCGCGGGCUAGUCGUCGCUUUGCUUAGGGUUUGGUGUAUAGAAAUAUUCCAAGUAUUCAGAGUAUUCUGAGACAUUCGGAGUAUUCUGAGACUUUCUGAGUCAUUCUGUACAUUCUUAGUAUUGUGAGACAUAUGUAGAAUAAAGACAUCUUGGUACUUCGGAACAUUUCAGAACCGAAUGUUAUUAACAAAAGGAACCCCGAAAAGGAUGAAACCUGUGGCAUUGCUCUGGAAUGAGUAAAUUCACCUAUCAGAGAACUUUCAUUUCGAAACCUGUGUGUCGAAUGUCUUUGGUUCCGCCUGAAAAAAAGGUUUCGACUUGCCAAUUACCAAGACUCAAUAGAUGCCGCCUAACAACCUCGAUAAUCUGCAGGGUAUACGUUACAAUCACUCUCCACUAUACCUUGGAUGCAUCCACGGCUUGGCCCGAUGAUUAUGUUACAGAAAUCUAACCCACU